CUGGUCGCAGGCUGUGGGAGGUCGCAAGGGACAGGGAGACCAAGGACUGGGCGGAGAGCACUGAGGCGGAGCUCUGUGCGCGAUGGCGCUGUGCAAGAAUUGCGUCGAAGUCGUAAUACUUUGCUCCAAUUUUCAUGUGAGGAUAUGAGGAAUUUGACAAGCUCUCUGGUGAUAGUCUUAGAUCGUGGUUGAUGGAGGUUCUCCGGCUUGAAAUAGGCUGUAAAGGUGAAAUGGCACGUGCAGAUUGUGUGUUGUUGAUGGAGUUGUGAGUUAUGAAGGGAAUCUGAAGCGGGACGCGAUGUGAUCGUUAGGGUUAUGGAGGUUGUGACUGUUUCCAAGCGAUUCUAGAGGAGGAAUUCUGCGCCCUCUGCACGGGGAAUUGAGCUGGAGAGAAGGAAAUUCUGGUGCUGAGAAUCCUGGAGUCUUGUGAUGUAUUGGAGCUGUGAGGAAUUUAGGAGGUUGUUAUUCGAAUUUGAUGGAGUGGAAUCCAUGAGAAUUUUGAAGAAAAGGAUUUCGAACUAACAUCUCACGUUAAGUAUUGCGAUUUCGGUUCGCAGAGGUCUAUUAUUGCAAAUUGUAAGUGUAGAGGAGGAAGAUGAGGCUGAGAGGGAUGUCGAUUGCAGCAUCGGUCAGCGUAGGCAAUGCCACUGCCACUGUGAGGAAAUCUCCUCAUAACUUCUCUAGUAUUGGCCAACUAAAAUAUGGCUGCAGAGUUUCUCUGGAGGAUUCUGCGAAGGUCAGCAGAGAGUGCCAGAUUCAAAUAUUUCCGGAGAGAUUUCACGCGUAAGCGUGGAUGAUAUCAUGCGUGUGGUGAAAGAGACGGAAUCAGAUAUUAUUACACUUAUGCAGCUGCGUGAGCGUGUUACGGAGGAACUAAAAUCAGCGCAUUAUGAAAAAGAACAACUCCAGUUGCAAGUUCACGAUUUAGCGGCACAUCCAGCAGGAUCAGAUCCUAAACUGAAAUACGCUGUUGGAGGUGACGAGAGGGUUCGGCUGUUAGAGGCGGAAGUUGAGAAACUACAGCGGAGACUCAGUGAGACGGUAGUAGACAGCCAAGCAUUUGCAAAGUUGAAGGAGGAAAAUAGAGUGCUGCAGGAAAGUUUGAAUGUUUACAAACAAUCUGGCGGUCAGAGUCUACUAGAAGCAAAAUAUCAAAGCUCACUGGACGAGAUAAACACUUUAAGGGUAAAACUUGCAGGUGCACAUGCAGAAAUAAAAAAGUUGUCCAGAGGACCCGGAAGGGAGGGGGCACGGCUACAGGAGAACAUAAUAGAGUUAGACAAUAACAUAGCUGACAUGGAAAAGCAAUUAGCUGAAGCGAAUGAUACCAAUGCAGAGCUUGAAGCUUUGAAAGAUGAAAACCUCGCAUUACAAGAGGAAGCAGCUGCUCUCCGAGUUCAAUUGGCAGCUCUUCAAAAAGACUCUUCACCUUCCUCAGCGGAAGGAGAUUCCCAAGAUCGAACUCUUCAGCGCCAAGUUGUCUCGUUAAAAUCUUUGCUGGCUCGAACCGUGGCCGAGAAAAAUGCUCUUUUAAAUGUGCGUAGUGAAAAUAUUCAGCUUCAUGAGCAAGUGGCUCGUUUGGAAGAACGUCUACGGGAAUCAGAUGCUGAGAUUCAAGCACAAUUGCGAAUCUACACAGCAGAAGUGGAAGAUUUUCAGGCCUCUUUAGAUGGACUGAAGUCUGAAAACGAGUUCACUGUGAAUCAAAUUCCUGUAGAUGAAAUGUCGUGGGAAAUUUGGAGUGAGCUUCUUUUACGCAUAGAUACAUUGAUGCUGGACGACUUUCUAAGUCAGGAAGAUGCAAAGGAGCUACAGUUAAUGGCUUGGCGGAGAGAAAAACGUUUGGUUGAUGUUUAUGUUACGCUUGCAGACAAGGCUGACGAGGACUUGACGAGUGGGUUUAUGGAAUUUAUACAGCCCAAGAAAAGGCCAGGAAUACAUAUAAUACACAUAGCCGCUGAAAUGGCACCUGUGGCUAAGGUUGGAGGUUUGGGAGAUGUGUUAACAGGAUUGAGUCGAGCCUUGCAAAGAAAAGGGCAUCUUGUGGAAGUUAUUCUUCCUAAGUACGAUUGUAUGGACUACUCCCGUAUCACCAAUCUUAAGGAGUUGGACUUGGAGCUUCAUUCAGUUUUUGAUGGUCACAUGCACAAGAACAAGGUGUGGUCUGGCAUUGUGGAAGGACUUCCUGUAUACUUCAUUGAGCCACUCCAUCCAGCAAAACUUUUCUGGAGAGGGAAAUUUUACAGUGAACCUGAUGAUUUCAGACGGUUCACAUACUUUUGCCGAGCUGCAAUGGAGUUUCUUUUACAAUCUGGAAAGCGGCCAGAUAUUAUUCACAGUCAUGAUUGGCAGACUGCUGUGGUGGCCCCGUUGUAUUGGGAGGUCUAUGUACCCCUCGGUUUAGACUCUGCCAGGUUGGCAUUCACUUGCCACAAUUUUGAAUAUCAAGGGACGGAGAACUCAGGAGCUAUUGCUGCGUGUGGUCUCUCUGUCCGAGACCUGAUGCGUCCUGACCGAAUGCAAGAUAACUACUUUCACAGUAGAAUCAAUCUUCUUAAGGGAGGUAUUGUGUUCUCCAAUGUUGUGACAACUGUUUCCCCUACUUAUGCUCAAGAGGUUCUCCAACCAGAGGAUGGAAAAGGCUUGCACGGGACAUUGGCUAAUCAUUCAAAGAAGUUUUUUGGCGUUCUGAAUGGCAUCGAUGUGGAAGUAUGGAACCCAGCCACGGACACUCUUAUAGACUUUCAAUAUAGUGCGGAUGAUAUUGAUGGGAAGUACAUCAACAAGCAGAAGUUGCGGGAGCGUUUGGGGUUGGGAAAUCAAGGGGGCGAUGAAAGAAGGCCAUUGGUAGGGUGUGUGACGAGGCUAGUCCCGCAAAAAGGUGUGCAUCUCAUUAAACACGCUAUCUACCACACUCUGGAGAAGGGCGGUCAGUUUAUCCUCUUAGGAUCAAGUCCUAUUCCUCAGAUUCAGCAUGAAUUUGAGAAGAUAAGUCGUCAGUUCAAGGAGCACCCCCAAGUUCGUCUUGUUCUGAAGUACGAUGAGGCACUGUCGCAUGAAAUCUUUGCGGCGGCUGAUAUUUUCUUGAUUCCAUCUAUAUUUGAACCCUGCGGUCUUACGCAGAUGAUAUCGAUGCGCUACGGAACAAUACCAGUGGUGCGAAAAACUGGGGGACUUGCAGAUAGUGUGUUUGAUGUGGACGAUGAAAAUAUUUCGGAGGAGAAGAAGAAUGGGUUUGUAUUCGACGAUGCAAAUGAGGGGAGUCUUGACUGGGGAUUGGAUCGGGCGCUAGACUAUUAUUGUCGAAGACCUGAAUGGUGGGAAGAUCUGGUUAAAAAGGCUAUGCUAAUAGACUUCAGUUGGGAGACCUCAGCUGAUCAAUAUGUAGAUUUGUACAAGCACUUACUUAAAAAUGCUCAGGCAGCAAAACAAUGAUUUAACUCUUCUUAAAAUGGGUUAAUUCUAUUACUGUCAGGAAUAUUGCACCAAGAACAACCAACCUGAUGUUCUUAUGUAACAUGAUUCUGACAUUCUUGUGUUUACUCCUGUUACAAUCAACUCUCUUCUGUAAGGUUGUCCACCGAGCCAUAUUGGCACUACUAGUUUUCUUUUAUUGUGAUUAAUGCAGUAAAAUCUAUUUGGUAUAUUUCUCA